GCUUUGCGCAGUAACAACAUUCUCCAACGGUCAUGAACGGCGUCGUCGCCUCUCCCUCCGGUGACGGCACCGUCAAGCGCAGGCUAAGCCAACAAACAAAACCUGCUAACGGCGUUAACGUGGUAGAUCCCUCUUGUGGUGGUGUCAUGGCGAAAAACUCUCUGCACUAUUACUCUGAGGCUUCGUUCAUGAAAUGGACCUAUUCCGAUGCGGUACACGUGGCGAAUCACCAUUGGAUACCUUGCUUGUUCGCUCUGGGGCUUCUAUUUUUCAUGGCCGUGGAGUACACGCUCCGCAUGGUCCCGCCGUCAUCGCCGCCGUUCGAUUUGGGUUUCAUCGCCACGCGCUCUCUCCAUCGCGUGCUCGAGUCAUCGCCGGAGCUCAACACUCUCUUGGCCGCACUCAAUACGGUGUUUGUGCUAAUGCAAACGAGCUAUAUCUUAUGGACGUGGUUAAUUGAAGGACGCCCAAGAGCAACUAUCUCAGCACUUUUCAUGUUCACAUGUCGUGGGAUUUUGGGGUACUCCACUCAGUUACCAUUGCCUCAGGGGUUUUUGGGUUCGGGUGUGGACUUCCCUGUUGGGAACGUGUCUUUCUUUUUGUUUUUUUCGGGGCAUGUGGCGGGUUCGGUGAUUGCGUCGUUGGACAUGAGGAGGAUGCAAAGAUGGGAACUGGCGUGGAGUUUUGAUGUGCUCAAUGUUUUGCAAUCUGUGAGGUUGCUUGGUACAAGAGGCCAUUACACUAUUGAUUUGGCUGUUGGGGUCGGUGCUGGCAUUCUUUUUGAUUCUUUAGCUGGCAAGUACGUAGAUAGCAAGAGGAAACACGAUUUGAUUGAAUGAACAAAAUUGACAAAGCCAAAAGGGAUAAAGGAUAAUGGGAAAAGUUGACUGUUUUCAGAGAGUGAUAUAUGAAACGUAAAAGAGAAGGGAAGAAUUUUAACCGUAAAGAAAACAAAGAGAAGGCUAGAGAGAGAUAUAAUAUUCGGUAGCAGUCUUAAUUACCGUGUAAUUUUUAAAUUUGAUUUAUUUUCCACUAAUGGAUUCUGCGUUGGAAUCUCUUGCUGUGCUUGCUUGUCAUAUUGCUCUGGCGGUUGCUCCGGCCUUGUGAACGGCAAUGCAUGUUAACGGAACUUGAUGGUAACA